GGCCGCCCGCUGAUCAUGUGGUGCUGCGGGAGGAAGUGCCGCUUGUUUUCUUUCCUGCGGGCGCCGGGCUCCGGGCGGGGCGCGCGGCUCCGAGACCCCCCGGGGCGGCGCGGGCCGCGAGCGCAGAUGAGGCGCCCCCGGCCCCGCCGCGGUGUCCCGGGUCCGAUGGCGGCUCCGCCGUGGGACCCGCUCCGCAACGACUCGCUGCCGCCCACGCUGACCCCGGCCGUGCCGCCCUACGUGAAGCUCGGCCUCACCGUCGUCUACACCGCGUUCUACUCGCUGCUCUUCGUGUUCAUCUACGCGCAGCUCUGGCUGGUGCUGCGCUACGGCCACAAGCGGCUGAGCUACCAGAGCGUCUUCCUCUUCCUCUGCCUCCUCUGGGCCUCCCUGCGGACUGUCCUCUUCUCCUUCUACUUCAGGGACUUUGUGGCGGCCAACGCGCUCGGCCCCUUCGUUUUCUGGCUGCUCUACUGCUUCCCCGUGUGCCUGCAGUUCUUCACGCUCACGCUCAUGAACCUCUACUUCACGCAGGUGAUUUUCAAAGCCAAGUCAAAAUAUUCUCCAGAAUUACUCAAAUACCGGCUGCCCCUCUACCUGGCCUCGCUCUUCAUCAGCCUCAUUUUCCUGUUGGUGAAUCUGACCUGCGCGGUGCUGGUGAAGACAGGCGGCUGGGAGAGGAAGAUCAUCGUCUCGGUGCGCGUGGCCAUCAACGACACGCUCUUCGUGCUGUGUGCCGUCUCCCUCUCCGUCUGUCUCUACAAAAUCUCGAAGAUGUCCUUGGCCAACAUUUACUUGGAGUCAAAGGGCUCCUCUGUGUGUCAAGUGACAGCCAUCGGAGUGACCGUGAUCCUUCUCUACACUUCCCGAGCCUGCUACAACCUGUUCAUCCUGUCGUUCUCCCAGAGCAAGAAUGUCCAUUCCUUUGAUUAUGACUGGUACAAUGUCUCAGACCAGGCAGAUCUGAAGAACCAGCUGGGAGAUGCUGGAUACGUGGUGUUCGGGGUGGUCCUCUUCGUGUGGGAGCUCUUACCCACCACCUUAGUUGUUUACUUCUUCCGAGUCAGAAACCCUGCGAAGGACCUUAGCAACCCUGGAAUGGUCCCCAGCCAUGGAUUCAGUCCCAGAUCUUACUUCUUUGACAAUCCUCGAAGAUACGAUAGUGAUGAUGACCUUGCCUGGAACAUUGCCCCUCAGGGACUUCAGGGAAGUUUUGCUCCAGACUACUAUGACUGGGGACAACAAACUAACAGCUUCCUGGCACCAGUGGGAACUUUCCAACCAGACCCAGUUUUGGAUCCUGACAAACCAAGCCAUGGGUAGUAUCAGUCAACAAUUCUGUGGAAGAUUCCUCAAGUGAAGACCUUCAAAGAGAUUAACUUCAUGACAGCUGAAUUUUUCUAAGGCACUUUUCCUUAAGAAAUAGGACUUGGUUUUUGUUACAGGUUUCUAAUGGCUCCGUAGGACUAAGCAAUAAUUUAGAUUGAUAAAAUCUUAUUUUAGUACUAAAAAGUGAGCCUGGCUGCCUAUUUCAGUGGGUAUAAUUUAAACUUUUAAAAAAACUGUACUUUUAUAAAGAUGUAUUUUACAUAACUUAAAUAAUAAUGCUAAAAUAUAUACUAGGAUUUUUUGAGAAUGUUAUUGCAAUAUAUGUUUGUAGUUUGCACGGACUUUUAUGCAUAAUCCACUUUAAAAGUCCACAGUACAUGGUCUGAUGGUUGUUUCAGGCUUUCGGACUAACGUAUCUUCAGAUCCUUACCUCUUCAGGUGGUGCAGGGGCUGAGCCGGGUAGAUUCGAAACCCAGCUAACAUCUAGAAAGCCAGUUUCGACUCCAGUGUUAAGUUAUACUGUAGCAGAUUAUCAACAGACUACAGACAAGGUAAUUGGCUCCUUCCUUCGAGUUCUUUAAGGUCCGGAAUCUAAAGAAAAGAAUCUAAAUUUUGACAAAAAUGUGGUACUCCUUUGAGCAGGGCCCUAAUGUGUACCCUUCAGCCAUAAGUGGAUCCCUUAGAAGCAGAGAUAGAGCUGACCCACACUGCUAAGCCUUCUCUGCCGUAUUCAGAACCUUUGCCUAGUUUUUCCGCCCAGGGAAAUCUAGGCUCCGUUACCUCAGUCCUUCCCACAACGGCACCUUUCCCAAAUCACGGACCGUUCAUUCCAGUCCAGAAGCGGAGGAGAGGUUCUCCGCCCUCCAUCCGGCAGGCUGUACGCAGUCCUCAGUCUUCCUGCACUUUCCCACCGUAUUUAAAAUAACGGCCUGCAUUUCUAAGUAGCUCCGAAAUCAGGCUACUGGCAAUAGCAGCUUUAAAACGGGAGUUGCUCCCUGGUACGCAGGAGCACGAUUCCUGUCCCUUGGCCACGUGAAGAGGCACAUUCCAGACGACGGCUUCAAUGAACUCAGCUGGGACUCCCGCCACGGUGCAAGUCUAAAACCUCCAAGAUCUAUCCAGGUACCACUGCCUACGAUGGGAAACUGUGUCAGGGAGGUUAAAUGCUCGGAUUUUCUGUAAAACAGAAGGUACUGGAGGAAGGAUGGUUACCAGAGAGACGUGAUCUGCUCUGCCUAGGAAAUCUCACUGCUCGGGACAGGAGGAGGAGGAGCAGACGGACAGACAGUUAUGCUCUGCCUUCAGGAUGAAACCCAUUGCCGGUAUCUCUUAUUUCUCAUUAUGGUCUUCAGAAAGGAUUUCUCUCUGGGCAUUGAUUUCACAGAGAUCAAGUCUACUUCUCUUGAUGGUGAUUAAAAUUGCCAUCUCAAGUUGUAAAAAA